AUGGCUACACCAGAGACUCUCAUCGCUUGCUUUCAGCCCGUUUCUCCUCGCACUAUGCACCGAUGGACGCCGAAGCUCGACGACCUCGAACCCCAGAUCAAGGUUAUCGUCGAUGCCUUGACCGCCCUGUGCAUAUCUAAACCCGGUGACGUUGCUGCAGUCGCUUUAGAGACCCAUGCACAGAGUACCUGCACUAUCUAUAUCGCUGCUAGCGAUAUGGACAACUCUCUGGAAUCUCACUUCCAGAUCCUAUGGGAUUGUCUGCGACGCGUAGCGCUGUCGACCGGCGGUGCAUCCCCCUCGCUCGAUUCGCCGGCGAUCGAUGUCGGCGUCGAAGUUUAUAAUUUCGUCUGGACGGCAUUCUAUGAUCGAUUCUCGAAGAACGCCGAGUCUUUUGUCACUGACUUCAUCUCUCAAGUCACUGACCCUAUGUUUGGUGCUAAAAUCAGCGAAGAGGAACGUCGCGAUCUGCAGACAGCAGAGAAUCUCUUCGAUACCCUACGCAAGAUAGUCACGCGCACGAAGCCUGCGAUUGCUGAUAUGAAGAAGAUCGUUGCAACACUGAGCCUACUUCAUGCCACUCUCAAGCCCUAUCUCGAUUUUCUCCCACCAAACGCACUGGUGCGACGGUGCUGUGAUUCGUUAGAAGAUGUUAGCACAACAUUUGUCUGGCUCUAUCUAGAUGACGUCCUGGAUUUACAACCCCCUAUUGAAGUCCUCCUCGAUACUGCUCGUUCUGCCAUAACUCGUUCAUGGUUCACACAGUCGCUCCGUGUCAUUCAAGUCCCUAACGCGCACCUCCCUUUCGAAGUAGACUUGCACGACGAUGCCGUGCUCAGCCUCUGGAAGGAACACAAAGGCGUGGAGCGUCCUCGUGCAGAUCUGGACGCCCAGUGGGAUCGUCGAAUCAUCGAUCCCAUACUAGACAUGGUCGACAGUAGCAAGCGGGAGAAUGUGUCCAUCGUCUCGACAGGUGGCCGGGUUAUCCUGUCUGCUUCAGUGCGGCCACACAGCGUAUGCGCUCUGGUUGCAUACCUCGCGAACUCGGCGGACGCGAGCCCAUUUUCUUACAUCGGCCUGAGUUGCAAUCACCCUUGCUACGCCUGCUAUAUGUUUUUGAGCGCAUACAAUCAGUCGAAUCCGAGAGUGCCCUUCUAUACACUAGGACCCAAAUCAAAAUUCUUUAUCCCUUUCGCUUUCCCGGCAUUCUCCGACCACGACUUCAACGAUAUGGUCAGACGCCGAUUAGGUACUGUGGUGGAGGAGGAUUUAUGGAUGGCCUGGGAUGAAUGCCUAGCGGAGUGGUAUGAGUACGGUCGCUGGAUAGACGACGCUGGCACGGACGACGACGCUGGCACGGACGACGACGCUGGCACGGACGACGACGCUGGCACGGACGACGACGCUGGCACGGACGACGACGCUGGCGCUGACGACAGUGAGACGAACUCUCCGUCGGCUUAG